AACUUUUGUUGUUUUUUUCUUUCCCAUGUUUGUGCGCUUUGUUUCCUUCCCAGCCAUCAUCGAUCCGAUCCGCAAAUAUACGACGACCAUUGAAUCGCUUCCAGUGCGGUGUGCGUUUUUAUUGCAAUUUUGGCUACCGCUUCUCGCUGUGAAGCGCGUGUUUUCAUUCACAAAUCCUAAUCCACCGGUGGGCGCCGUCCGAAAACCGGUAGCGGUGAAAGGAAACCACGAAGGCUAGGUGUGGAAAAUUGAUUUUUCCUAGUCAAGGCAGGUUACGGUUACUAGUGCUUUCGUCCGGAUUUUCACAGGUUGCCGUGCGAUUUAGUGAGAAAAAGCAAAUGGAUGCGCUAAUUGAUGAGGUCGAAUCGCUAGAGGCGAUUCUGAUGGAGGACGUUACCAUCACCAGGAACGAAAGUGGUUUUCCGGAACUGAUCGAAACAACCGUGUUUCCUACGGUUGGCGAAGAGCUAGACAGUCAGUACGUUUGCAUAACGCUGCAGGUACUGCCGGUGGCCGGUUAUCCAGAUGAGAAACCCAACAUAAAGCUAAAAAACCCUCGCGGUUUGGAUGAUCAUAUCAUCAACCGAAUCGAGCAGGCCGUCCGGCAGAAACUUGACGAAAGCGUCGGUCAACCGGUGGUAUUCGAUUUGAUCGAUAUCAUUCGGGAGCAUCUGACCGAGAGUAACCUUCCGUCGGGGCAGUGCGUGAUUUGUUUGUACGGUUUCCAGGAGGGAGAUGAUUUUACGAAGACGGUCUGUUACCAUUAUUUGCACAGUCACUGUUUGGCGUGCCACUUGAACGCGUCGAAGCGUAAUUACGACGAAGAGCUAUCGAAAAUGCCCGGUUGGAAGCAGAAGGAAGCAAAACCGUACCAGGCGCUCUGCCCGGUUUGUAGGGAACCAAUAGAUGUAGCGGUUGAACCGCUUGUUAAAUGUAAACCACCGGCAGAGCUGGCCAAUGCACCCCGGUUUCGGUUGACCGAUGAACUCAAAUCGCUUCAAGCGAAAAUGACUCGACUUUAUUUGCAUCAAAAGAGUCGCGGAGGAAUUAUUGAUCUGGACGCGGAAGACGGCAAUGUGAUUGCGAUUGAAACGGACAAUGCAAAUAAUGAGUCAACAAAAAGCACAAAUGAUGGUACUCCGGAUGGUGUUCUGCCAGAUAACGCAUCGAUUGCGCCGCCAGUUGCGGCAUUUGCUAGACAAAACGGUACUUCUUCGGGUGGACUACAUAACCAACACGACCGUGGCAAUAGUUCUCGUCACCACUCUGGGUCAAAUACGGGAGGAAACAGAAACUCGCAUGGUAAUCAUCACAACCACCGAGCCGUGCGCCAUCAGAAUGUUCCUGCAGCAGCUGGCUCUGGUAAUGCGGUGUCCAAUUUAAGCGAUGCAGGCGUCACUGAGGCUACGCAUUCCCACCAUCCGUUGCAUCAUCGUGGUGGACAUCGACAGCGUCGGGGUCAUCAUCAUCACCAUCACCACCAUGGUCAUCACCACCGGGGCACCGCUUCUAGCGGCACAAGUGCUGCCCAGAAGAACUUAAACAGUCCAUGCGGAUCCGGUGCUAGGUGACAAUUGUUGCCCUCGGAACUAGAACACUGGGGCAGGAUGCAACUCAACCCAACACUGUUGAACAACAGCGGAUUGCAUCGCAUGAUUACAAAUAAUCUUUGCUGUAAUGGGUAUGACCCUCACCCCCAGCUGAAGCAGCCCCAGAAGCACCACUUGCCGAUGGGUGACAUUUCUUCACCGAGACAAUUGUUGCUAAUAUAACAUCCGGUAACACCACAAAAAGGUAAGCCCAUAUUUGCAUCUACACCCCUGCAGGACCUCAUGUUCGAGAGGUCCGUACGUAAUCGUCGUAGUAACAUCGCUAUUGAAUUUAAUGCUACUCUCGCGGUAGUUUUAUCUGCAAAGGAUACCAUUAGCACUAUUCUAAUCCUCUAUAGUGUUGAUAUCUGCAGCAGUAGUAGUAGUAGUAACAAUAGUAGCAAUAGUUCUAACUGUAACAGUCGUGCAAAGCUUACCACCAUCCGUAUGACCGCUGGAAAUUCUGCACUCAGUCAAGGUACAACACGACUGAUUAGAAUAUCGUAUCCUAUCAUCUGCUUCGGUUGACGCUUAUCGUUACAAGUUUAGUGAAUUUAUUUCUCCAACGAAUCAUUAUUGUGUUUUUCUGCUAUCUGCGGAAGCUUUUAAGUUUACGCGUAAAAGUCAAACCGCUGGCAAGGAAGGUAAUCCGAGUGGCGCGUGUAGUGAGACACGGAAGCGAUCGACGAUGGUUGCUAGAGACGAGCAACUGUUCCCCGGUGGUAGUAGGAUUCUUUCAAUAGCUAGCUAUUGUGAAUGAAGUGUGAGUUGUGGGAACGGUUUGUCGUUGUCUCUCAGAUGGAAUCUUUAGGUGAUGCUAUGAAUGUAGAUUUAACUAGUUUUACUAGUCCAAAGACGUCGGUUUUGGGAUAACAAAGCUUAAGCCAAGAGUAAAAAAAUAUUUGCCAGUAAAGAACAGCUGUAAUUGUCUAAUUACAGAAAUUAAAAGAUCUGCUCGACUGUAUUACAGUUUGGCAACAGUUUUAUUUCGUAAACCAACCCUUUCAAGUGCAUUCAUACCAUGUUUCCAAUCCAUCUGAGAAUCGUUACGGCACGUUCCAGCUCCCAUAGAAUAAUGCAGGGCAAACGCAGAUUGUGAUGUUACUUUUAAGUCAAGAAGUCGCAUUAGUUUAAACCUCAAGGUGAGUGUCUUUAGGUUGUUGUGUUCCAACUAUGACGGGUUAGCGAGAACUCUCAUAGGUACAAUUCUCGUUGUAAAUAAUUGCAGACUUAUUAUCAAUGAUUAGCCUAUAACAAAACAAGAAUGAUAUUCUAAUUCAUCGAGACCGUGAGCGAGAAGAUGAUUGAUGGCGCACAUUGCAGAAUUUUAAUCCAAAAAGUGAAACUCAAGGCGGUCCCUAAUUAAACCGUAAAUCUAUGGAAAUAUAAUCUAACCAAAAGCAUUCCCGGCCAGUUACGAACCCACAUAGAUGUGCGCAUGAUUGUAGUAAUAUGAAAUACUUUUCAACAAAGCAUAUUGACGACCGUAGAAAGGCGAACAAAUAUUGAAUAAAAUCAAUAAAAAAAACACAUAGUCACUGGUCAACGCAGUUGACAUUUUAAUUCAUCUAAAAAUUGAUCGUACAUAUAACUAAACCUAACGACGCUUGCAAUAGCGUGCCAAAAUCAAUUCGAAUUUGUACUGUAACAGAAUAAUGACCGUAGUUUAGAAGCUAAAGCUUGAAAAAUAAUGAUACAAGUUCUAUCAAGUUUUAUGCCCCCUCACAGUGUCUAUUCAUACGUAUCGCAAAGUAAAUGACAAACAAAUCUGAAACACGAGCAAAUAAAAACCCGAUAGAUAUUACCCGAUUCCGAGUAUGAUCCAAUAGCAUAACGGUACAGAUAACUGAUUUCAAUGUAAUUUCAAUGAAAUGAAAUAAAGUUUAGACGAUUGCUGCUGCAGAGAGUAAGAAAAUCACGUGUGGCAUACGAAUUCACGAAAAACAUAAAUGAUAGAAAAUAAUCCCAA